GACUAGUAAUUCGUAAAGCGGCUGCCACGCAAAAAAGAAGUCGAAUUUUUCAUUCAAAAUGUUGUCAAUUUUAGGAGGCAUUCUGGAAGACGAAAUAUCGUCAGGUUCUUCUGAUGAUUCUGACCACUCGUCAAGUAAACCAAAUCAACAAGAUCCUAAACUUGAUAACAAAAAUGACGCAUGCAAAUCUGGAUUAUGUGACCGUGAUCCUGUGCCUUCGCAACAGUUUUCGUCCCCUCGAGUUCCGGCGGACAAUUCAUCCAGCAAGCCGGUAAAUGCUGGGAAGGCAGCUGAAUCAGCUCUAGCAGGAGACAUGACAAGAUUUCGCUUAAAAUUUGAUCAGCUUCAGAAAUUUCAGAAGUUGCAAGAACAACGUAUACAAGCAGAAGAAGAGAAAGUUCCUGAGGGAUACAAAAGGCGGAGGAGAAGGAGGAAACGCAGACAUGAACAUCAAGAAGGUGAAGGCGAUGACCAUGGUUGCGAUCCUAGCAAUAGGCAACAGACUGGCCAGCAUGGUACAGAUCCAUCCACUUCUCAACCAGAAGGAGGUCCACCCAGGAAGAACAGCGAACACUUGGAUACACUGAAUGAGUAUCUUGAUGUCAACUCCCAUAUCAGUCAGGGUAUCGACCACGGACACCUUGCACCAGAUAAGUCUGGUCUGGAGAAGAGGUUAGACGAGGCUAUCGCUGAAGGUGACUUUGAGAAGGCAGAGAAGCUGAGUGAAGAUCUGUCUGUGAGGGAUUUAGGAUGCAGAAUAGCAAAGGCUGCAAAUGCUCGUGAUUACAUGAAAUGGAAAUUGGAGAGAGAAGAAGAGAAAGCAGCCAAAAAGAGGAAGAAAAAGAAGAAACUUGCGUGGGGAUUUGAAAUCAAGAACAGAUGGGAGAUGAAAGCCAACAUGUAGAUGAAGCAAGAUUUAUAUGAAGAACAAGUUGGAAAAUAACUCCAAAGUGAAGAAGGACCCUCGCUCAGGACUUGACACUAACUUCUUCUUUUAAGGGAUUUCAAAAUAGAACUUUUUACAGUCUGAAUGCAUGAGCCCUAUAUACAAAUUUCAAAAGUUUGGGGGUCCAGACUGAUAUUUGGCCACCCAUGUGUCCUGGGCGUCUGGAAGUGUUAAUCCAUGCUCUUAGCAUACCAAGGAGUUGAAUGUAGAAUACCGGUAUAUGUCUGUUGAUUUAAGGAGGAUACACAGAUUUUACAGAUAUAUGCUAUUUCUUCCAUGCAAACAUGCCAUCAAGCUACUCCAAGAAGUUGAUUCAUAAACUGGAACUCAUCCUUUCAAAUAUCUUGAGGAAUAGAUAAACUUUGACAUGAUCAGGUUUGAAAAAAGAAAAGAAAAAAGAAGAGGAAAUGUGGACUCUUGUGACUGAUGUUAUGUCCAUCAAGAAAGUUGUAAUAAGAAAUUAAUGCUGGUAUGAGCAAGUUUAGUUCAUAUGCACGACUUUCACCCUCCCUCCCACACGCCACAUGUCAAUUUAUCAUGAAUACACAAGCGUUUCCUUUCAAUAACUCAAGAUGGGGCCGUGUUCAUAUUUUGACUCCUUUCUCGUCUUUUUGUAUUGAUCUCUACACUGAUGCAGAUCAUAUUUGUUUUGCUUUAGUAUUUAUAGGAAAUUUGAACUGUAAAUAAACUGAAAUAUGAAUAUUUAAUACUGAAAGUUGUGUCUAGACAGUGAUUACAUUGGUUUUAAUUUUCAAUUUUA